AUGGUGUUUUUCACUGUGCCAAAACUUCUGGACUUUAAGAACUCUCCGCCGCACCUUCAGUUCAACAGGUACGUUUUGACCGGAUAUCGUCCUGCAUCCACCUGCAUGGGGUGCUUACGAAGUCUCUUUUACCUGCACAAUGAAUCCGGAAACAUCUAUACACAUGGUGUUCCGUUCGUGUGCUUCCUGCUGUUACUGCCUCUCAGCAUUCCUUGGUCCGAAGUGGAUGAGCAAUGGCUUUGUGUCAUGCACUACCUAGCCUGCCUUUCUCCCACUGUCGGCUCCGUCCUCUAUCACAUCUUCAUGAAUCAUGAAGGUGGCGCUCGAGUCUAUGAUGCCCUGCUCUGCUUUGACAUGUUCGGUGUCUGUCUCGUUAACACUCUGGGUGCUUUGCCAAUCGUGCAUAUCACUCUCCUGUGCCAGCCCUUGGUGCGUCGCACUGCCAUGUUUGGCUAUGUGUUCUUCUCAUGCCGUGGUGUCCGUGAUGCUCUAACUGCUCAGAGCGGUGCUCGACGUCUGCAAUCAUUUGCCCUCCAAGCCUUGUUCCGGGCUUUCCUUUUUUUCCUACGUUGGUUCAAGCUCGGCACAGGAAAUCCUGAGUCACUCUAUCUCUAUGUCAUCAUGGAUGUGCUGGCAUUAACAGGUGGUCUGGUCAAUGUGUGGCAUAUACCUGAACGAUUCAGCCCUGGCACCUUUGACUACUGGUUCAACAGUCACCAGAUCAUGCAUGUAGCUGUCAUUCUGGCCAUAAUGUUCCUGCACUGGGGCACCAUGGAGGAUUUGGCAUGGCUAAAGGACUACCAGUGCCCUGCGAAAUAA